AUGUCUUUGAGAAAACAUAAUGACUCAUUUUUCGAUAGUGAUUUUGUACUAUCAGAAGCAUCUGAUGUCCCAGAGAAUAAAACUAAAGAGAUUGCUGAGUUAUAUUUACCAUCUGAAAUACUAAAAUCACCAGGAGAGAAAAUUGUUGAACAAGUAAAACUAAUAAAAAAAAGAGACUCUUCUGGGCGUGUAUUGUGUCAAUAUCAACUCAAAUAUAGAAUUUCAAAUUAG